AUGCUGUCGUCCGGCUUUACCAACGCGCCCGUCACCAAGUUUCUGGUCAUCUACAUUGUCGCCUCAUCUAUCGCCUUGUCGAUAUUCGACGCCAAGCACCUGGCUCAUAUCUUGGUGGUCCCGCAUCUAUGGCAGUAUGGCCAGUUUUCAAGGAUACUGCUCUGGCAGGUAGCUGGAUACGCAAACUCGACCGAGGUUUUGUUUGCCGCGAUGCUGGCAUAUCACUUACGAGUUGUUGAGCGCAUGUGGGGAUCUAGGAAACUGGCUACAUUUCUCCUGUCAGUGCUGCCUUACACCACCAUUAUCGCGCCUCUGGUCCUGUCGCUUGUGCUGCGGCCUCUUUCGUUCAACAACCUGAACUAUCUACCGUCCGGUCCGACUGCGAUUAUAUUCUCUGUUUUGGCGCAAUACCAUGCCACGAUUCCUCAUACAUUCAAAUAUCGCAUUUCCACCAGCGGUGGAAGCACCGGCCGUCGUAACCCCAAUGCAGCCAACAGCAGCGACAACAACAAUAACAAUAACAAUAACAAUAACAAUAACAAUAACAAUAACCAGGUCCAAAACAGCAAACCAUCUUUGACAAUACUCUUGUCUGACAAGUCAACCACAUAUCUCGUCGCAGCACAGCUCGCCCUGUCGCAAUUCCCCGCAUCACUCCUGCCCGCAAUCACCGGCUGGGCUGUCGGCGUCGCCUGGAGGGCCGAUCUUCUCCCAGUAUCUCGAGGAAUCGCACGAGGCUGGCGAGUCCCCGCGUGGAUAGUCGGGGAAAAGGAGCCUGCUCGGAGAUCUUCACCGGCGAGUGCGUCCGCCACCGCAGCAGCAACCGGGGGAGCAGGAGGGAGCGGAGAGGACAGCGAGCAAUAUGAGAAUCUGCGGAGAAGACUGGAUGCUGCAUCAGCUGCGGCAGCUGCUCAGCAGGCAGCUGGUAGCAGCGUGGCAGGGGAAUCAGAGCAGCGACAACGACGGCCUCUGUUAGAGAGAUUUACGAACGCAUUCUGA